GUCUGGUCGUGUGCAGGAUGGGACUUGGCGGGGGGUUUUUUUUGUGUUUGGCACAACCUCACAGUGGGGUUUUCUGCAUUUCCGUAUUGGUAGGGUUAGAGUAGUGCCCGACCGCCCUUCAUGACGCUCGUCGUCAACGAUGCCUUGAUCUGGGUUUAUCCCUGCAAUGGAUGCUGGACAGAGCUAUUCAUAUUCUCUUCUAUCUAUUAUAUUCAUCUACAUCAUCUUCGCAGAGUGCGUCUCAGUGUGUUGAGCCGCCCUGGUUCCUGCGAUUACCGUCAUCCUGCCUACUGCGUAUUUCGCCAUGGAUCAAGUACGUCAGUACUUCACCUCUUCCUAGUUAUUAUUACUACUACUAUUCUUCUUAUUGCUACUUAGCGGAGGUGCUUCGUCAGCUGCCCAAUCACAGAAAGCUUCCUCAUGCAAGGGUCAACACCAGCCUCGUCUCUUGUGAUCCGGAUCCUCAGGUCUACCCUGUCUCCUCACUUCUCCCGAACAGUGGCACAGUGUCGGGAUGGGAGCAAUUCGAGAGCUUCGUGUUCGCAUCCUUACCCAUAAUAUUCGAUAUGCAACCUCAUCACCCUUCAAGGGCGAGAGACCUUGGGCUGAGCGCAAACAGCUCAUGGUAAACGAGCUGCUGUAUCACACCCGGAACCAGGACGCUUUCAUUUGUCUCCAGGAGGUCCUCCACAACCAACUGGUUGAUAUCUUGUCUGGCUUGAACAAAGGCGAUGACUCCGAUGCUUCGAUUCAGAAAGAGCACUGGGCAUACAUUGGUGUUGGUAGGGAUGACGGCCAGAGGGCCGGAGAGUACUCUCCCAUUCUAUAUCAGCCAGCUAUCUGGCAGCUCCACCACUGGGAGACCGUAUGGCUCUCUGAAACGCCCAAUGUGCCCUCCAAGAGCUGGGACGCUGCUUCUAUACGCAUUGUGACCAUUGGUGUCUUUACCCACCAUGCAAGUGGGAAGACUGUUCUCGCACUGAACACGCACCUGGACGACCAGGGGUCUCGCUCACGGCUGGAGGCGGCACGAAUUAUCUUGAAUAAGAUCGAGGAGUACCGAACCAGCCAGUACGGAGAAAUCAUAUCCGGCGUCUUCCUCGCCGGAGACUUCAACAGCGAAGAGAACCAGGAAGCGUACUCUGAAUUGACGGCAAGCAAGUCGCCGUUGGUCGACACGCACAAGCUGAUGGACCCGGAAGAGCGAUAUGGCAACCAGGUCACCUACACUGGUUUUGGCUUCGAAGGGGAGCCGGAGACUCGCAUCGACUACAUUCUCGUGGGACCCGCAAGCAAAAGGGCAUCGGGGGGUGGCAAGCAAGAUGAAGAGGGACUUCCCUGGAAGGUGAAGGGGUACGCGGUUCUGGCGAAUGGGUUCGACGACGGGGUACUCAACUCGGACCAUCGGGCGGUGGUAGCAGACGGGAUACUUUAAGGCCAUAGCAUAGGGAAGUACCUACACCUACCUGGUAGGUACCUCGUAGGCUAGGUACUUGUAUGAGCAGUGUAGCAUACGGUACCAUACCGUACGGUACGGUGGCCCAUUACAUAAGUAACGUAUUUUACGGGAGGGCGAGCCACACUCCAUCAUGAUUAAUCAAUCCUUUUCUCUCCAAGUUGCCAAAAACACCUGAGACGGCAG